AUGUCGUCCUCGGGCUCAUCUUUUACUUCGUCGUCUCUCGGUCGCCCGCCUACCUAUGGAAGAACGUACGUCAGCCCCGUCGAUUCAACCUGGACUCCAACCUCGGGCAUAUCGACUAUUUCUGCUCCAACUACCGAGGGAUCGGGAACUAGAACAUCAGUACUUGACCUUGGACCUCCCGGGUUCCAAGCAACAAUAAUACUCUUUCAAGAUACUCCCGACGAACGGGUUGUUUACCUCGGGCCUUGGGAAGUAGUGGGUUCUGAGCAGCGUCGUGUUCUCUGGCAGGGCAGCUAUCAGAACGAACUGCUCGAGCACUAUUUGCCCUCAGAUGUCCCCUCUGAUAUACAUCCACAUACGCUGCACUCGCGCCAUCGCCCAUACUACGACGCCUCCGACAUGGAACGAUACCUGACGUUUCAGGAACCUCACCGAAUUCGAUACACUACUGAUGAAGGUGUUUGUAUACAUGACCAAUACGUCACGAUCAGAUACGAAUUUACGACUGUUGAAAGCUCUAUCCAAUUCCAGGGGGAUCUGCGCAGGAAGGACCUGAUCGAUUUCUUCGAUGCCGACGUUGUCUGGACCAAUGUCCAUGGACGCACAGACGGUUUUGGAAAGGUGAAGGGCAUAGGCGCGAUACAAAGGCUCAAGUUGUGGAGGGAUCGAUACACCACGUUCCACUCGCUCAGUGUAUUCGCGAAUAAGACGGAUGGCCAAUACCGAGAAUAUGAUAUCCACUGUUUCGAUGGUGAGCUUCGUGGGAGGGAUGACCGUGCAAAGCAGCUUCGACUCAACGCAUCCGGUCGACGACCCAACUCGGGCGAUGACCGUCAUUCACACAGGCGCUUCUCGUUACCACAUCGUAUGCGAUCUCGAACCAGAACAAGUGAAUCUUCGGAGCCAAGAUCAGUGCAGCAGCUGGCUCUUGACAUACGGUAUCUAGCGAUCCAAUUUACUGAACGCCAAGAGUAUCGUCGAUUCAUCGAAACAUGGCUUUUUUGCCACAGUUCGGACCGUGAAUUCAACGGCAUCCCAUUCCCGCCGAACCAUUUCGAAUUACCCUCGCCGCAGAUUUUGCCGGGACAUUCUCCUGAUUUACCGGUAUCUGGCUGGCCUCACCACACGCUCGACUCGGUGCCAGAACCCUCGGACACGACCGACACUACGCCUUGA